GCCUUCGGAGGCGCGGCGGGGGAGGAGGCCUGGGCCUGCGGGCCGCGGCCAACAGCUGGGCAUCUGCCGGAGGGCGGGCGGGAGCACAGGGCCCGGGCCGGGCGCGGGAGGAGGCGCGAGUGGGACGGCCGAACCCGACGCUCCUUCCCCAUGGCCGGGAGCGGGCCGCGAAGGCGGCGGCGGCGCUGACGGGCUUGGGGCGGGGCGGCCGGGGGCCCGGGGCCCUGGGGAAGAUGAACGCCCUCCUAGAGCAGAAGGAGCAGCAGGAGAGGCUGCGGGAGGCAGCGGCCUUGGGGGACAUUCGGGAGGUGCAGAAACUGGUGGAGAGCGGGGUGGAUGUGAACUCCCAAAAUGAGGUCAACGGCUGGACCUGUUUACACUGGGCAUGUAAACGCAACCAUGGCCAGGUGGUCUCUUACCUGCUGAAAUCAGGGGCUGACAGAGAGAUUCUUACAACAAAAGGAGAGAUGCCGGUGCAAUUAACAUCGAGGAGAGAGAUCAGGAAGAUUAUGGGAGUGGAAGAAGCUGAUGACGAUGAUGAGCUCCCCCAGCUGAAGAAGGAGUCGGAACUGCCCUUUGUUCCCAACUAUUUGGCCAACGCAGCCUUCCCUUUUAUCUAUACCCCUGCAGCAGAAGACUCCACCCAGUUGCAGAAUGGGGGCCCCUCCACACCUCCAGCGUCACCCCCAGCAGAUGGCUCACCUCCAUUGCUGCCCCCCACAGAACCCCCUCUGCUAGGGGCCUUUCCUAGGGACCACACCUCCUUGGCACUGGUUCAGAAUGGUGAUAUUUCUGCCCCCUCUGCCAUACUCAGAACACCAGAAAGCACAAAACCUGGUCCUGUUUGUCAGCCACCAGUGAGUCAGAACCGCUCCCUGUUCUCCUCUGUCCCAUCCAAGCCACCAGUGUCUCUGGAGCCUCAAAACGGGACAUAUGCAGGACCAGCGCCAGCAUUUCAGCCAUUUUUCUUCACUGGAGCAUUUCCAUUUAAUAUGCAAGAGCUGGUACUCAAGGUGAGGAUUCAGAACCCCUCUCUUCGGGAAAAUGAUUUCAUUGAAAUUGAACUGGAUCGACAGGAGCUCACCUACCAAGAACUGCUCAGAGUGAGUUGCUGUGAGCUGGGUGUUAAUCCAGACCAAGUGGAAAAGAUCAGGAAGUUACCCAAUACUCUGCUGCGAAAGGACAAAGAUGUGGCCCGACUCCAGGAUUUCCAGGAGCUAGAGCUGGUUCUGAUGAUAAGUGAGAAUAAUUUUCUGUUCAGAAACGCUGCGUCCACACUGACUGAGAGGCCUUGCUACAACCGCAGAGCUUCCAAACUGACAUACUAAUGCUGCAGGGCCUUUAUCACUGAGUAUUGUGACAGUAUGUGUCACCUCUGGGCCAAAGGACAAGCCAUUGAUCCCAAAGCCUCGGAUGCCCCCCAGGGCCUCUGGUGUCACUGCGCAGUGUCCACUAACAUCCUGCCUCAGCAGGAGGGAACCCCGACCCCCAGUGCGGUGCCCCUCUUCCAAGCCUCUUGGUGCACAAUAAACCUAUUGCUGAAUCUUUGAA